AUGGGUUUCAAAGCAUCUCAUCUCUGGAAGAGUCCAGAGGUCAAUCCUUUUAAUCUGAAAGCGCGCUCAAUUCCCAUUCUCAAUCCCCUCAACAAAUAUGGCAGAACAUUUUUCUUCUCCUGGUCCGGAUUCUUGGUGGCAUUCCUUUCCUGGUACGCUUUUCCACCAUUGCUAAACCUCACGAUCAGAAAGGAUCUUAAGAUGACCCAAGCCGACUAUGCCAACUCCAACAUCAUGGGCCUGACCGGCACCUUGGUUGUACGCGCAGCAGCUGGGCCUCUCUGUGAUAGAUUCGGUCCUAGAUAUGUCUUCAUUGGAUGUUUACUUGCAGGUGCUAUUCCUACAGCUAUGGCUGGUCUCGUCACUACACCAAAAGGGUUGAUCGCUCUUCGAUUCUUCAUCGGUGUUCUUGGUGCUUCUUUCGUUCCUUGCCAGGUCUGGUGUACUGGAUUCUUUGACAAGAACGUUGUCGGAACUGCAAAUGCUCUCGCAGGUGGUUGGGGUAACUCUGGUGGUGGUAUCACUUACUUUGUUAUGCCCGCUAUCUUCGACUCACUUGUCAAGAAUCAAGGUUUAACCCCUCAUGUCGCAUGGAGAGUUGCCUUCAUCGUGCCAUUCAUCAUUAUCACGGCCAUCGCCAUGGGUCUCCUUUUCACAGCCGAGGACACCCCAACCGGAAAAUGGUCUCAACGACACGAAGCACUCCAAACCCUUGUCGCUCAAAAUGUUUCCACGAAUCCAUCCCGAAGCCCCUCCAUCAAGGGCUCUGACGAGAAAUUCGCAAUUGACGAGAAAAGCGAAAGCAGCCAGAAGCUCGAGGCCCAAGCUCCUUCCCUCAAGGCCGCCGACCUCGCAAAAGGCGAAGUAGUCGUAGCUCCUACAUUCAAAGAGGCCAUGAGUGUCGUGUUUUCUCUUCAGACAUGGGCUUUAGCAGCACCUUACGCAUGUUCCUUCGGCGGUGAACUCGCUAUCAACUCCAUCAUCGGAUCUUACUACCUCAAGAACUUCCCAAAGCUCGGUCAAACCGGUUCCGGAAGAUGGGCGGCAAUGUUUGGUCUCCUCAAUGUCUUCUUCAGACCUUUGGGCGGUGUUGUCGGAGAUAUCAUUUACAAGUACACCAAAUCAGUUUGGGCAAAGAAACUGUGGAUUACCUUCUGUGGUGUCGCCAUGGGAUGUUUCGAGCUAGCCAUUGGACUCGCAAACCCGCACCACGAAGCAACCAUGUUCGGACUUGUCGCUGGUCUCGCUGUAUUCAUGGAUGCAUCAAACGGUGCCAACUUCGCUGUCGUCCCUCACGUUCAUCCAUUUGCCAAUGGUAUUCUCUCCGGCAUAGUUGGAGCAACCGGUAAUCUCGGCGGUAUCAUCUUCGCAAUCAUCUUCAGAUAUAACGGUACUCACUACGCUCGUGUUAUCUGGAUCAUUGGUGCUAUUUCUAUUGGUGUCAAUUUGGCUGUUUCUUGGAUCAGACCAGUCCCUAAGCACCAAAUUGGUGGACAGUAA